AUGGUCUCCAAAACUCGAAUCGGAGUACUAAUAGCAGGGUUAAUCGGAGUGGCACAAGGAGAAUAUUGGAAUACAACCACGGCGAUCGUGACUCCAGUAACAUCAGAUGGAAACGGGCUUCCUUCAACGUGCGAACCAAAGACUGUUACUGUCACAUCACCAAGUGAUGGGUAUGGAUCUUAUCCCACAGAAACUGUUACGUCAACUUCAGUUUCUGUGUCGACGGCUACGUAUUGGGAAACUACUACGAUUGAUCGUCUCAAUCUCUACAUCAACAGUCUAUCAAAAUCAAAACGUGAGCAAUUUUACGCAAACCUAAAAACUAUCAUUAACCAGAAAUCAGACUACACAGACAAUUACUACAACUAUUGGGGGUGGCUAUGGGCCUGGUACUACAAUCACGGAGAGGGUCACUCAAGAUCAGACUAUCACGGAGAAGACUACAGAGACAGAGUCCUUCACAACAACUGUAAUCUCCGUGACUACGACCCUGACGGACGUUUUUACUGUCACUAA